ACCGAGUUGAAAAAGGAACAGAGCUAGUCCAAGGUGACCCUCUGGCUCUCCAAGACGUCUCCCUCUCCCAGGUGUUCCACCGCCUGACUUAGAGCAGGCCAUGCUGACUGCAGUGCUGUUGAGCUCUGUGGCUCUGUUGCUUGCACCACCCACCAUGGAGGGGGCACAGAUGGGCGUGGCCCCCUUGGAGGGCAUCAGAAGACCUGACCAGGCCCUGUUCCCAGAGUUCUCAGACCUAGAUCUGCAGCCCCAGAUGAAGAGGACUGGCGCAGAUCAGGCAGAAGAGACCCUGCUGCAGGAGGCCCAGGCCUUGGCAGAGGCGCUAGACCCGCAAGGCCGCGAGCCGCGCUCUCCGCGUCGCUGUGUGAGGCUGCACGAGUCCUGUCUGGGUCAACAGGUGCAGUGCUGUGACCCGUGCGCCACGUGCUACUGCCGUUUCUUCAACGCCUUCUGUUACUGCCGCAAGCUGGGUACUGGCACGCACCCCUGCAGCCGCAACUAGCGGGCCGACGAUGGGGUGGGGGCAGGGGCU